GCUAAGACCCGGGUGUCCGGGAUCGGAGCAGGAAGCGGGAGCCGGCGGUGGCGGUGGGGCCCGUGGAGCCGGGAGCGGGGCCGUCGGGAGUGGACGGCGUGGGGCCGGGGCGCCCCACGGCCCCGGCCCCGCCAUGCGCGCGCUGUGGGAGCUGCUGGCGGUGGCGGCGGCGGUGGCGGCGGGGGCGAUGGGUGGGCGCCAGCCCCCCCACGACACCCUGACCUGCUCCCAGGGCCUCGCCUGCCGCCUCCUGGACACCGAUGUGCUGUGCGGGACGGAGCCACCGGGACCCAGCCACGGGCUGACCCUGGCUCGGCUGCGGCUGGAGCCGGCGCUGCGCUGCACCGGCCCCACGGCCUGCUCGCCCUGCCUGGAGGCACGCCUGCGCCUGGCCGGGGCGCCCGGCACCGGCACCGGUGACCCCCGCCACCCCACGCCACCGGGCAGCCCCGGGGUGGAGGAUGGCAGCGAGGGAGAACAGCGGUCAACAGCGGAUGGGGCCGCCUCGUCCCAGCCCAACAUCACCGGGCUGCUGUUGCUCUCCGGGCACGCGUACGCCUUCUCCCGCUGCGUGGCCGUGGAGGUCCGGGCGCUUCUGCCCCCCACGCUGCCCGGCCAACCCCUGGGCUGGGUGACCUACCGGUGUUUCACAGCGCCGCUGGGCUCUGAACUCCACGUCACGGCGUACACCAACUCGCGUGGCCACCGGAGGCUGAGCCAGCGGCAGUGGGUGCCAGACUGCUCGUGGCCCGCAGCACAGGCUGCCGUCCCCCAGUGCCAAGCCUCCGGUGCAGUGCCCAGGCUGCGGGUCUCCUCGGGGCCAAAGGAGGUGGUCGUGGAGGUGCAGGGGGCCGCAGCAGGGCACAGCUACACCCUCCGGCUCUACCGCAACCAGAGCCACGGCACCGGUGGGCCGGGGCGUGCAGUGACCGCGAGCAGCCCCAUGAACUACAGCCUGCCAACCGACGAGGUGCUGCCCUGCCUCUGCCUUCAGGUUUGGCCGGAGACCCAGGACCCACUGCGGGCCACCCUGUGCCCCUUCUCCCACGACGCUGAGGCCUGGGAACGGCUGUGGGCGCGCAGCCAGCUGGUCCUGCAUGUUGGGGGCCGGUCACUGACCUGCUCCCUCUCGUCCCCCUGUGACCUCCUGGCCAAACUGGUGCCCUGUUGGCAGCCAGUGCCUGCAGGGCCCUGCCAAGCCCUGCCCGGCCUGCAGCAGCUCGCCGUGGGGCAGGGACCUCAGGAGUUUGGGGGGCUGAAGCCGCACCCCAACCUCUGUGUGCAGGUGUGGAGCGGCGGGCAGGUCCAGCUGACCCAGUGCCUGCGGGACCGAGCGCUGCCUGGCCGCCCUGACGACGUCCUGCUGCUGGAGCACGGGGGGAACGCCUCGCUGUGCGCCCUGGAGCGGGGCGCCUGCACGCCUCUCGCCAGUUUCACCAGCACGGGAGCGGGGCACCCGGGGCUGCUGGAGCGGGAGCUGCGGCGGGAUGUGACGGCGGGGCAGUGCAGGCAGAUCUGGCACCCCGAGAACAGCACCGGCGGCACCCUCUGGGCCUGUCCCCUGCACAAGUACCGGCGUGCCCGCUGGGCGCUGGCGUGGAUGGGAGUGCUGCUGGGGGCUGCCUGCCUCCUGCUCUUGCUCCUACUGAAGAAGGAAGACGUGAAAGGCUGGCUGAAGUCCCUAAGGGCUGACUAUGGCUCCGAGGCCCCGCUGCGAGGCCGACGGGCGCUGCUGGUGCACGCGGUGGAGCCGGCGGCGGAGCGGGCAGCCUGCACCUUGCUGUCGGCCCUGCGCCCGCUGGGGCUGGCCGCGGCGGCAGCGCCGGGGGGUGGCAGCGGGGCGGCGGCGUGGGGGCCGUUGCCCUGGCUGCACGCCCAGCACCGCCGGGCGCUGCGGGACGGUGACACCGUCAUCCUCCUCCUCUCCCCUGCGGCCGCGGCGGCCGCACGCCGGUGGGACGCUGAGGCCAGGACCGUGCCGGACCCCCCUGAUGUCCCCAGCACAGCGCCCUGUGAGGUGUUUGCAGCGGCUCUCUCCUGUGCCAUGCCAUCGCUGGCGGCGGGCGCCGGGUGCUACGUGGUGGCCCGGCUGGAGGCCCUGGUGCCGGCGGUGCCCCCGGCACUGCGGGCAGCCCCCGCUUUUGCGCUGCCCAGCGAGACGGGGGGUUUCCUGCGGGCGCUGGCGGCACCCGGUCGGCGGCGGGGCCGGUGGCCGGAGCCGUACGUGGCGGUGGUGGCCGAGGGGCUGCGGCGGGCGCUCGGGGAAUAAAGAGGUGAUGGUGCUUUUGCUGA